CAGCUAAAUCACAUUAUGGGGGCUCAACCUUGUUGUUCCAGAAAGAAGAGCACUAACAAAAAGCAUCCUAGUGUGACUGAGUUUAUUAUCAACCAGUCAGAUCCUCUUUCAAGAUCAAUGACCAUUAAACAGAGACAUGAAAAUACGAAGGAUAAACUUAACAAGUUGGUUGGAGGAGGUCAAGAUGAUACCCCUCAAGGCCAAACUUCCAAAGAAGAGAGCUAUAAUUAAUUUUAUUGAAGCCAAAGAUGUCAUUAAAUCAGAUAGCAUGCAGGAGCUGAUCUCGAAGUCACUAAAUCUAACCCAGAGGAAGGCAAAUUCACCCUUGCUGAGCCAGCCUUUUGGCAAGAGUAAGAAACAGCAUAAAGCAAGAGGGUCAUAUAGCUAUUCAAAAAUAAAGAAGGAUCCUACUAAGAAGGGUCAGAUUGACCUUGAUUCUGUAAAACGUAAUUCCCAGACUUAUCAUUCUUUGUUUAAGAAUUAAUGAGGGAUAUAAGAGAUCGAAGACAAAAAAUUCUAGAUUUUCAAGAAAAUCAGCAAGGAUGCACAGGUUGUCGAAUCCAUUCAAACCGGUUUCCUCCAAACUACUCUCUAGUUCUUCCUCCUCUAGUGAGACUGAAGUUGGUGGCUUCCAUAAUGUAGGGGAGAUUGCCAAUACUGUAAACUACAGGACUGAGAAAGCAGUGCACCUUAAGAAUGGGAAACCAAUUAUCAUAAAAUAUUUCAAGAUAGCAGAAAGUUUAAAACUGGAGAGGCUUAAAUUUUUCCAAAAAUUAUUCAGUGAUUUUCAGACAAUGUCCCGCUGCCAAUUCCUAGUAAAGGUCAAAGACUUCAGACUAGAUGAAGAGUCUAAUAAGCUCAUCAUGAUCCAAGAGCAUUGAAAUAAAUUAAUGGAUUUGGAGUACUUCCUCGGUAACUACCAGAAGCAAUACUUAAAGAAGCAGGACUCUAAUGUAACGGAGAAUUCUCCAUACCUAGAGGCAUCCAAGGUGAAGAUAAUCACGUUCCAGAUCAUGCAAGCACUAAAGACGUUAGCAGAGGUGAAAAGAAACCAUGGGAAGCUCUGCCUCUCAAAUAUAUUUAUCUCAAAAUAAAUACAAAAUAAAGAUAUCUGAUUACUGUAUCCAUAACGACCCGCUAGCAAUUUCCUUUAAUGAUGGACAAGUUCUGGACUUGUUCAAUCUUGGAGUCUGAAUUCUCAAGAUGCUGGGUCUUGCCACUCUUGAAGAAAGGUUUGAUUUCUACAGGUAUGACAAGAAAGAACUCAGGAAGCAUUACAAAUAUGUAAAAGACUGGAAAUUACGAAAUUUCCUUGAUAUCUUACUCAUCAAGAAGAACUCUGACCUUGAGUUGGCGGAUCUUCAGCCAUUUUUACAAAUUACAGAUGAUGACUUGGAAUCAGUGUCCAGGCUCAGCAUUGGGCAAAGUACGGAUUCUAAUUUGAGUAAUUCUGUAAAAUGAGAUUUCACCUUCAAAAGUGAUUCAGAAAACUCCAAUGCAGCAAAAGUGACUGAGAGUGACAAAGUGGACCCAAAUUUGCAAAAAUUCCUCACUAAUACAUCUGAAUCAACCAGUAUGAACUACAAACCAGCGGAGAUUCCUGGAAGUUUAAUGCCUUCUGGAACUGAAUUACCUCCGAUUGACUCGCACAGAAGAGUCUAUAAGCCGAUUUCUGCAAAAGAUGAGAGAUCGAUUCACCAUGGUUUUGAUCCAAACAAUGGGAGCCAUCAUGAAGCAGAAGAAGAGGGUCUUUACUCCAGUGAUUCAGAAUCAAAUAAAAAUCAUCGAGGGGUCUUAUUCAACGAAAAUGAUGAUUUAAAUAUCUUAAAAUAACGUUAACAAGAGAAUCUCCCGUCUAAAUUUCCCUGGAGUCAAAAUCGGGAGGCUCUCCAAGGAUGACUUCAACAACGAAUACGAGAAGGAGCUGUACAUGCUAGCAAAGUUUUACCAGAAGGAAUAA